AAGUAGUUAUUGCUUUACAAACAUGUUAUUACGUACCUUGUUAACAAAUUUGCGAGCACGCUCGCUUCCAUUGGCCGGCAGUGGUAUGUCAAUCAGAUUUGCAUCGACAUUAGCCCCACUCGACUCCACCAAACUCACCAUUGAGCACACCACCACACCAAAACCCAAACUUGCCAAAGAAGAUCUCGUGUUUGGAAAGUAUUUCACCGACCACAUGCUUGAGAUUGAGUGGACAGCAAGUUCUGGGUGGUCCACUCCUAAAAUCACGCCAUAUCAUAACCUUAGUCUCGAUCCAUCAACCAUUGUAUUUCAUUAUGCAUUUGAAUUAUUUGAAGGCAUGAAGGCAUAUCGUGACAGCAAUGGAGACAUCCGUACUUUCCGUGGUGACAAAAACAUGAUCAGAAUGAACAAAUCUGCCGAAAGAAUCGCUCUUCCUACUUUCGACGGAGAAGAGUUAUUGAAGUGUAUCGACAAAUUCCUUUUGGUUGAUCGUGAUUUUGUGCCUGAAGGGAAUGGAUAUUCGUUGUACCUUCGUCCCACCAUGAUUGGAACCACUGCUUCUUUAGGUGUUGGUGUUCCUGACAAGGCAUUACUUUAUGUUAUUGCAUCUCCCGUGGGCCCUUAUUAUAGUAGUGGGUUUAAGCCAGUUAGUUUAGAAGCAACCGAUUAUGCCGUUCGUGCAUGGCCAGGAGGUGUUGGUGAUAAGAAGCUUGGUGCUAAUUAUGCUCCUUGUGUCAAACCACAAUUGGAAGCAGCUUCUAGAGGAUAUGCACAAAACUUGUGGUUGUUUGGCGAAGAAGGUUAUAUUACUGAAGUGGGUACCAUGAAUGUAUUCUUUGUGUUUAAGAACCAAGAUGGCAAACGUGAAUUAGUUACCGCUCCUUUAGAUGGAACUAUUUUGGAGGGUGUCACCAGAGAUUCUAUUUUGGAAUUGGCCAAAGACAGAUUGGAUAGUGCAGAAUGGACUAUUUCUGAAAGAAAGUAUACUAUUGGUGAAGUUGAAGAAAGAGCCAACAAGGGAGAACUCGUGGAAGCAUUUGGGGCAGGAACUGCAGCAAUUGUUUCUCCAAUUAAAAGUAUUGGGUUCAGGGAUGGAAGAAACAUUGAAGUUCCUGUUGCUUUAGGCAAUUCUGGAGAAUUGACUUCCCAAGUUGCUGAAUGGAUUAGAAAGAUUCAAUACGGAGAAGAGUCAUAUAAGAAUUGGUCAAGAGUUGCUAAAUAGAGCUUAGAUAGACUAGUUUGUUUUUAAAUUAAUAUACACCCUAAGGAAUUCUCUCUAUAUCGGGUAAUCCGUGGAUAUGCUUCAAUACAAAAUCUCGUUCAUCAAUCAAGGUAUUAUCAUGAAAUUGCAACACAUCAAAAGUGUUGAAGAAUUCAAUGAAAUUUUCUUUAUUCUUGAUUAAGAUAUCCAGGAUCUUUUGACUUCUCUUGGGAUUGACCACAAAGAACUUGAAUAUGUGAAAUGCCUCUCGUUGUAAAUUCUUCAGCUUAUCCGAAAGCAUCAACAUGAUAAACUUCAAAUUAUUUGUAUCAUCGAAAUAUCGAUUUAUAAAUUCUUGAUUAUGACGUUUUAAUAAAUCACUCAACAAUUUGAUGGUUUGUCUCUUUGUAACGUAAUUCUUAGACAAUAGCAAUUGGUUACAAUUGAGCAUAAAUUUUUCAUAAUUCUUGCUAAGGAAUUCCACUGUUAAUUUCUUAUGAGGAACUAACAAAUCGUGCAAGGUGGAAAAUGCAUCAGUAGCGAGUUCAAACACAGGAAUCUCGACAUAUUUAAAAUAAUUCCAAAACAACGGAUGAUUGAGGACAAAUUUACAAAUUUGUUCAUACUUGAUGCAUUCUCGUAAUAUUUGUCCACAAAUCAACCCAUUCUCUCUAGAUUCUGGACCUUUGAUUAGCAUCACCAAAAGUUCGGGAUUCCCUCUCGUCAAGUAGUCAAGUAUCGCGGUGUUACUACUGGUGCUCACACCAGUACUUGUUGGCUGUCGUCGUAAUAAAUACAGAAACAAUGACAGGACGUCUUUUCUUGAAUCAAAAUCCAACUUGCUCAAGUUUGAAAUCAACUGGAAUAAACAGUCGCUUUGAAUGAUCUGAGUAACCAAUAAGCUAAUUUGGUCCGACGAUUGUGGGAUAAGCAAUUCAGAAUCAUCAUCGGUGCCAUACAAGGUCAAUUUGAUUUGAUUGAGGAAUCGAGAACACUCAUCUUGAUACUUCUUAUUGGUGUCUGAGGAACUAUCGAGUUUGUUUACCGUUUCAAUAAGGGUACGGACCAAGUCCUGGGGUGUUUUUGGGUUCCGUUUGAAUAGAAAUGCCAUGUGUAUUUGUUUGUGUUGGUGUGAUCCCUCCUUAUUGGUUUCCACUUUGCAACAGGUAGCUAUC